UUGCUACAUUUACAAACGAGUUCACCUGUCAGGAAUUAUUUUCUUUCAGACAAAGUUUCUUCAUUGGAGCUUAAACCAGUCCUGACUGUGUCUCCAUCAUGGCCGAGUCCUGGAGCCUCAGUGACUCUGAGCUGUGAGGUUGAACCUUCAUCUGCAGGAUGGAGGAUCUACUGGUAUAAAGCUGUUCCUGAUCUGUCACACAAGAGCUACAGAUAUGAGCUGCUGCCUGGUGGCGUCGCUGGGACUAUGAAGGACUCGUUCAUCAUUGAUGGACAGAAACACACAGCAGGAUUUGCAUGUAGAGCUGGAAGAGGAAACCCAGAGGAUUUCACUCAGUACAGUGAACCGAAGUUUGUCUGGUCCACAGAUCCUCAUCCAGCAGCGUCUCUCUCAGUGAGUCCUGACAGAGAGCAACACUUCACCUCUGAGUCUGUGACACUGAACUAUGGAGGAAACUCUGCUGAGUGGAGAGUGAUGAAGUUUUCAGUAACAGGUCAUCUGAUAUAUUUAAGAAUCUGUUGGGCAAUGACUGGAUCUUUAUGUACCAUCAAUCGGACUCACUCUGAUAAGUCAGUGUACUGGUGUGAGUCUAAAUCGGGAGAGUUCAGCGCUGCAGUCAACCUCACCGUACAUAAUGAAGGUCUUCUCCUGGUGAGCCCCGUCCAUCCUGUGACUGAAGGAGCUUCUGUUACUCUGAGCUGCAGACUGAGAGGAGAAAACAAACUUUCUGAUGUGAUUUUCUAUCAUAAUGACAAACUGAUCCAAAAUGACAGCAGAGGAGAGCUGAAGAUCUCUGCAGUGUCUCAGUCAGAUGAAGGUUUCUACAAGUGUGAACAUUCAGGAAACGUUUCACCUCAGAGCUGGAUGGGAGUUAAAGUGCUGCCCAGACCUGAACACCCGUCCUUCCCAGUGCUGCUGGUCGCUGGACUCGGUGGACUCAGUGGAAAAAUCCUAAUCAUCCUCCUGAUUCUGCUGUCCCACUGCAGAUAUUUAAAAGGUCCAUGAAGAGAAAUGUAUCAUCAACAGAUCAAGAAAGGCUUAAAAGGGGAAAA